AUGCGUUUUAUUACUGGAUUUAUUUAUGUGUGUAUCCCAAGAACCAGGUGUAUAGUGUAUUUGUGUUACAGACUAAUUUGGAGCGUGCUGCUAAUCAUCAGCGUAGGCCUAUCUUGUUUCUUCUACGUUCUACUCUCUGAGCGUUUUGUGACCCAAAAGUUGCAGACAGUUGUCCAUGAUCCGCAAUUCCCCGUUUUCCUGGUGGAAUUUCCUGCCGUGGGGAUUUGCACGGACAAUCGCAUUGAUUGGAGCAAAUUGAAGGCGGCCAAGGAGAAGUUCCUUCCUGUAAAUUCCAGUGUGGAAGUUGUCGAGAGUUUCACCAUCUUGGUUUCCCGGUUAGAAACUCUCCGUUUCGGCAAUUAUUUGGCGAAUUUGUCCCAACUGAAGGACGAUAAUCUGGAGGCUGUGGAAUUCGUGAAUAUAACUGAAUUGGCCAUGUUCUUGAGUAUUCGCUGCGAGGACAUUAUGGUCACAGAUUCCUGCCUGUGGCGCAGUUCCUCCUUCAACUGCUGCGAAUAUUUUGUGAUGGAAAAGACAGAGUUUGGAUUUUGUUUGGUUUUCAAUUCAGAGAUUUCUCCACACUCGAAGGAAAUUAGACAGAGGGAAGGUAGAAAUUUCUAUCCAAGGCAUAACGCCAAGGCGGGUCAGAGUACGGGAUUGAAUUUCGAUUUACUUAUCAAUGAGAGUUUUAAGCGACCCGACUCUCAGGCCAAAGAUAAUGUCUAUGUAAUGAUAAAGAAGCCAGAUCAAUUGAACAAUGUCGUUUAUUCAAUGACCCAAAACACCGAGACCUAUGUGACUGUACGCCCGGAUAUCACCUGGACAGACGAGAGCACACGUAACAUUCCUCCGGAGCGGAGGAAUUGCCUCUUCGAGGACGAGCAGCACGAGUUGAAUGAACAUGAUGCGGCCAAGAAGUAUGGCAAGUCCUUUCAGCUCACCAACUGCCUAAAUAGGUGCCACGAAUCCUACUUGGUUCAACUGUGCAACUGCUCCCUGCCGAUCUUCUUCCUCGUCAACAACAGGGUUAAACAAUGCGAUGCGACUAGCCUGCGCUGCCUGGCCCGUCACAAUGACAUUUUCAGCUACGACAAACGGAAGGACGAGGAUGCCCUUUUCAGUGCCACCAAGCCGGGGAUGACCUGUUCCUGUUUUGUGAACUGCUACCUGAUCGAUUAUUAUACGUCCACAACCACACUGCCUUUGUCUGCACAUAGACUACCAAAGGAUCCACAGCAGAAACUCUUUAAGGUGGAUGUGCACUACCAAGUGGAAACUACACCUAUGUUCCGCACCAGUUUGGAAUUCACCAUUAUUGAUUUGAUAGCCAAUUUAGGUGGAAUCUUUGGUCUCUGCUUGGGAGCUUCUGUGGUCAGUGCCUUUGAAUUGAUUUACUAUCUAACCGUGGGCCUGGCAAUACAUCUAUAUGACAACAAGUACUACAGGGUCUUAAAUAAGCAGCUGCGAAUAAAAUGGCGAAAGUUUAAAAGUUACUUAAAAAACGAUGUCGGCCAUUUGUCAGAGAUUCCUGCAGCCCGAAAAAACAUUGUUGAUGGUAAUUUAAGGCAUCCAUUUAACCAUAGAAAAAAUGUUUGGUAA